AUGGCCAAUCUAUCGGUAGAUGAGUUAAUGGCCAUGGUUGGUACUCUGAUUCGCCAAAGUUCAAAGCAAAAACAAAAUGCCGAUACCGUUCGACUGCCAUCACUUUCGUUAGAAACUGAAUCGGGAAUGACAUCAAAAGUCAAUAUUGCACCACCGGCCAUCAUAAUAACAGCACAAAGUCAUCCACAUAAUUAUGGCGAUAAUAGGCAAAAGAAUAUUGAAGUUAACAAACUCAUUGUUCCAAAAGCUCAAAAACAAAAUGCCGAUACUGUUCGAUCGCCAUCACUUUCUUUACCAACUAAAUCGGGAAACACUUCAGAAGUGAAUAUUGCACCACAAGACAUCGUAAAAACAGCACCAAGUCAUCCAGAUAAUUCUAAGCUUUCCGCACCGAAAUUGAGCACAAUAUUUGAGCAGAGUGACUCUUACUCAUUCAAUGAUGAUGAUGAUGAUGAUAAUGAUGAUAAUGAUGAUGAUGAUGAUGACGAUGGGACAUGUCCACAUUGUGAUAAGCCACAUCAUGACCCACAAUCGAAUGAGGCUAAAAAAUGCGAAACUGAAAUACAGAAUAUACUCAAUUUUCAGGCCGAUAGUAAAAUUGUAAAGCCCAAUAAUUGGUUAGAGGCAGAUCUCAUAGAAGAUUUCUUGAAAUUCAUUGUUUUUCCGCAGGGCUACAAAAAACAAUUUAAAGUUAUUGCGCCGAGUACUUUAAAUAUAAUGGUAUACUUUUCGAUGAAGGGAGAAAUAAAAAAAAUAAAAAAAGGUAUUUCGAAAAGCCAUCUACACAUUGUUCACUCCCACAAUAUGCAUUGGGUGGUAUUUAAUCGAAUUGUGACCAAGAACCAUAAAUUCGAGAUCAAUGUGUACGAUAGUCUAUAUGGCAUCAAUGGGAAUAGAAAGCAAUGGUCGGUGGUGGAUAAGAAAGCCAUGAGUACGUUAUAUGGAAAAAAAUACUCCAUAUAAUAUCGUUCCCGUGGCAACAACACAGCCACCUGGA